UACAGCAGCAAAGGCGAAAAAGAGCAGCGUCCCGACAGCAGAUCUGAGCAGUGCCAUCUGGGAUAUAAAUCAUGUAUUUGACCAGCAGAAAUAUUGCCGUCAACACAGGAAGAAAUAAGAAGAACGUUAAAGGGAAGACAAGGGCUCAGUUAAAGACAAUUGGGCGUCAGGAGGAGAUCCCCCUGACGUCCCCAAAGGCGGGGGAAAAGUUGGAGGCCAAGGAGAGCACGGCGGUGGACGGGGAGUCGAAGCAGCUCACUGCCUUCGGGAAGGCCUGUCAUGAUUUGACCCACUCAGAGAGGGUGAUUAAUGAGCUGACGUUUGGACGGCGGGUGGGACUUUAUGAGCUGAGAGGAGAGAUCGGAUCGGGGAACUUCUCCCAGGUUAGAUUGGGGAUACAUGACCUGACCAAAGAGAAAGUGGCAGUAAAAAUCCUGGAUAAAGUGCGUCUGGGCAAGAAAUCAAAAGCGGCUUUUGCCUCGGAGAUUUCUUGCAUGGAGAAGCUGGUUCACCCCAACAUUGUCCGACUGUAUGAGGUGGUGGAGACGUUCAAGAGGCUCUACCUGGUGAUGGAGUAUGCCGGUGGAGGAGAGCUGUUCUCCCAUAUCAGCACCAGGGGGCGUCUGUCAGACCUGGAGAGCAAGCUUGCGUUUUCACAGAUCACUUCUGCAGUCAAACAUAUGCAUGACAAUAAUAUCAUCCACAGGGACCUGAAGGCAGAGAAUGUCUUCUACACCAACACCUUCUGCGUUAAAGUGGGCGACUUUGGUUUCAGCUCGAUCUGCCGCCCCAACGACGUCCUUCACACAUUCUGUGGCUCCCCACCUUAUACGGCCCCCGAGCUGUUCAAGGAGAAAGGCUACGUGGGUAGAUAUGCGGAUAUGUGGGCGCUGGGUAUCUUGCUCUACUUCAUGGUGACUGCCACACUGCCAUUCAAAGCUACAAACACAGGCAGGCUGCGGUGUUGCAUCCUGCAGGGCUCCUAUGCCGUUCCUCCCUACGUACCCAGAUCAUGCAAGGAGAUCAUCGCCGGCCUCUUGAGGCCGGUUCCCGUUGAUCGCCUCACUGCCAAACAGAUCGCGGACAGCGACUGGAUGAGAGGCAUCGACCGCCCCGAGGCGUCCCUGUCUUGUAGCCCCACGCCCUUCCACCUGGUGGAACCCGCCCGCAUCCUCAGCGCAGAUGAAGUGAAAGUGAAGGCAGCGCUGGAGGAUCUGGGCAUUACCAGGGUCCAAGUCCUCAACGGCAGCCUGGACCUGAAAAGCCCCGUUAACGGCACUUACCGCAUUUUGCUGCACCGCGUCCAAAAGAGAAGGACCGUGGAGGCUGUGGGCUACAGCCCGCUUUCCGCCAAAGAGUCUCAGAAAGGAGUCGCGUGGAGGGCGGGCCCAGACGGCCGCUCAAACAAACACCACUCUGUGGUCUGCAUCAUCAUGUAGUUUAGUUUCCCAGCAGUUAAGCACUUUGCCUCCCGGGCCUUUGGCCUGGUACGCGUACUUGAGAGCCAGGCUGGUGGUUUUCCUCCUUUUAAAAGUGUAUAUCUUGUUUAAGCAAAGCUACAAGUGCAGAAUCUGAUAUGUUAUUGCUCUCGUGCAAUAAAUGUUUAUUGUUGACAGAUAAUAACACGAACACAUAAUAAUAUAUUUCCAUAAAUUCUGAGCAGAAAAUAUUUUAGAGCCUGAACAUGACAGAAAUUGACUUACUGUUUAAAGUAUCAUUUCCUUUCGAUAAACAUGUUGAAGAGAUGAAAGAGAGAGUUUCGUUAUUCUGUCUUGCCUAAUAAAUGAAAUAACCACCAAUUACUGUGAUAAUGCAAAACUUGACAUGAAUUUUCCUUUUGGCACAAAAGAGGAUGUGGAGUUAAUAUCUGAACUCAAUUAAAUUCAUCUUUAUGUUUAUGUCCCAAAACAGUUAACACAAUUUUGGUUGGUUGGGUUAAUCAGUACAGAAUAUGGCUACAACAUAAACUGACUUUAUGGUGUGCAAGCGUUUACAAGCGCUUCCAUUGUUGUUUGACACUGAGAAAUCUUUUAGAACAAACCUUCCCAGACUCCUGUUGAAAUUCAUUUCUGACAUGUUCCAUGUUCAUAGUAUUUUCGUUUUGAUAAAGGAAGGCGGCAAAGCCCACCGGGCGAUUCUUUCUGCCUCAGCAUGCGAAAGCAAAAAAGUGUUGCACAUCUGUCACUAUUGUUUUGAUGUUUACAAGAAAAGAAUCCUAUUCAUUCUAAAACCGAGUGGUGCAUCUGUUAGUCACACCCUUUAUCAUUUUCAAUUCCCAUCAACGGUAUUAAUCUCUUAUUAAUUAUUAUAUAAUUGCCAGGCUAUCUAUCACCUUCGGGCAAUGCUGACAACCUGUUGAAACAAAUGUUUCCCCUGCACAUGCUCCCCUGCAAGGACUCUAGACGUUGAUUGCUCAACUUCAACUUCUUUUUUCAUCACUCUUAACUCUCCGUUUUCACAUCAGUUGAGAGGAUGUGUUAAUACCUGAUGACUAAUACAAUAGUGCAAAGGCCCGCGCCGUGUGAUAAUGUUGCCGUCGAGCCGCAGACAAACAGCUGCUGUUAAACACACUGGUGAGAUUUGAUCAGCUGCGUGUCCCGGCAGUUCUUGCAGAGGCCCACGGAGAUGAGAGAGAGAGAGAGAGAGAGAGAGAGCAAGGCGUGUAGAUCAUUGAAUCCAGCACCGUGGCAGAUCAGAUACCGUCAAGUUAUAAAUCAGCACGACGUUCACACUUUCUCCCGUUGAAGCUUCAUGUGGGUUAUUUUUGCAGAAGCUUUGGCAUUGCAGUUUCAGUCGGGACAGUUCCAGAUGCCGGUGCACUUUUUUGAAAGCGUCUUACAUAAAGAUGAUAAUAAAUGUUUAUCAAGCCAUUUAUAAACGGCUGUCAAAGAUUACAGUAUGUGAAAUGCUGAAUAAGUCCUAUAACUUGUGAUUGACCUCCUGCUAUCAAGAAUGAGCCAAAAUGAUGUUGGUCUUUGCUGUAUUGCUGUUACGUUAGAAGCUGCAGUGGUUAUUCACUUGUUUGGGAAAAUAUCACUUAAAUAUAUAAAUGUUUUACAUGUAACUGAGCUGUGUUUAAACGUUGUUAAAAUACUGUCAGCAUAAAGCACAUUUAAUGAUGACUAGAUCAGUAUUCUUUAGAGGAACCCCACAAAUAAACCAAAUAGAAAUA